AUGUGGUCGCCCGGCUCGACAGUCCAAGGAACGCCGCCGACGCCGCUAUACGAAAGCCACGAUAACUCGGGAGACAAGUUUGACGACCAAACCUUUCACGGUAGCUAUGCAGGCCAGCCGCCCACAUACUGCCACUCCACGGGCGAGAUCCACGCCUCGCGGACCAGUUUCCUGCCACUGUUCAUCUAUGUUCUGUCCCUAUAUACCACCAUCAUGAGCGGCAUCUGGCUCGUCGUCUCCAUCCUGCAGCCACGGUGGGGGUAUGGCAUCUCGUCACGGCGCGGGCUGGACCCGUCGACAGCCACGACACUGGCCGCCCUGAUAUCCAAGACGAUUGAGAUGUCCUUCGUUACCGUCUUCAUCACCUUUCUCGGCCAGGUGCUGACGCGCCGCUCCAUCCUCGGCAACAGGUACGGCAUGACGCUCGGCGAGAUGUCGAUGCGCAACUGGGUGAUCCAGCCGGGCUCGCUCCUGACGCAUGCCGAGACGAUACCCGGUGCCAGCAUGACCAUCCUCGGCGCCCUCUCGCUGAUGGCGAUGCUCGGCGCUACAUUCUACACCACGGCCUCGGACAGUAUGAUCUCUCCCAAGCUCAAGUACGGCAAAUGGGCCACCCGCGAGCUGUAUGGCUAUGUCCGCGCGUCGUAUGCCAACGCGCAGUACGUCGAGAGCAGCUGCCCGCAGCUCAUCGGUCGCGAGGAUCCGAUCCAGGCCCCGGCGUCGUGCAUGAACAUCCAGUCGUCGGGCGACAGCUACCAUAACCUCCUCAGCAUCAUGACGACCUGGACGGACAUGGACCGCAACGGCACCACCAGCCGCGAUUCGCUGGGUACGCUCCUCGACCGACCGGCCGGCACCGCCCUGCUCUACGACAACGUCACCAUGCUGGGCACCUGGAUCGAGACGGAGCACAGCAACGUCGCCCUCGCCUACCUCGAGCACAAGCGCGUGAUCAACAACGUGACCAUGGCCAUGCCCCACCCGGGCGUCUACAAGGCCGUCAGGGCUGAGAUCAACAACAUCAUGCAGCCCGACGACCUGGCCGGCGUCGGCUCCUACUCGGUCCGCGCAGGCGUCGUCUCGCCCACCAUCAAUGCUCUGUGCGUCAACAUGGACGCCGAGGAGCUCGCACCGCUCAUCUACACGACGUGGCCCGACAGCACGAAUGAGGCCACCGGCGUCGGGAACCAGGUUGUGGGGCACAGUGCCUGGCAAGAUGAGGUGCCUCAGGCGUACGACGCUGACGGGAAAGCCGACUAUCUCAACGAGACCGUGCUGGAUUCCAUCUUCGAAUGGGGUGAGCGUUAUGGCCGUCGGCCGCCGGUAUUUCAACUGUAUCCUUCCGACUAUAACCUGGUGACGAACUCGACCAUCUACAUGGGAGAUGCCAUCUACCUGCUCGGGAAGAGCCCGUCGAUGGAUGACUACACCCUGUGCCAGCUGCGCUCCUGGGUAUCGCCCAACUGCUCCACGCACUUUGACGUCUCCGGUAUAGCGGGAGCCAACAUGCGUGCUCACUGCGAGGACCCCGACGAUAUCGACAGCUACUACCGCUCGUACCCGCCCGGUCAGCAAUGGCCCGGGCCUUCGACGGACUGGAUGGUACGUUGUCUUCCCCCAAGCCCGGAGGAGGGGAGAGAACCUGCCGAGACUAACAAGGCUCGACAGUGGCUCGGCGAAUCCUGGAGGCUCUCCAUGGACCUCAACUCGGGCGUCGUCAACGGCAACGGCUCGCACGCGCGCAUCCUGACCCAGCUAGCCCUCGACGAGCCCAAACUGCCGCGGGCGCUCCCCUCGCUGGCGGAGACGCUGGCCAUCUACGCCAGCUCGACCAUCAUCAACGGCGCCGUCGACACCCCGUUCGUGCACUACUGGGACAGCGCGGAGAUGCAGCUCGACUUCCCCGGGAAGCUUCAGGCCUUCAACGCCACGAUACGCUCGCAGCAGUACACGUCUGGCCACGACAACGAUUGGCAGGGCAUCUUCUACAUCAUACUCACGCUCGUCUUCGUCGUCAGCCUCGUCUGCCUCUUCUACCUGUCCCUGCACGCCGGGCUCGUGACCGACUACACGGAGCCGCAGAACCUCUUCGCCCUGGCCAUGAACAGUCCGCCCAGCGCGGAGCUGGCAGGCAGCUGCGGCGGCGGGCCCCAGAAGCGCCACUUCAACGUCCCCUGGCGCGUGGCGUACGCCCCCAGCGCGCGUCACUACUUCUUCGACGAGGCUCUGGGCGACGAUGGCGACGGGGAUCGCGGCCGGCAG